AUGGUAAUGAACACGUUCAAGUCAAAGCUCCGUAAGCGGCGGGACGAGCUUUUCCGCCGCACGGCCGACGAAGACGCCGACGAGUGGCAGUUUGUGCCCUUUAACCCAUCGGUGUUCUCGGGUGCAACUCUCGCUUCUUAUGGCGGUGUCAGGAACGGUUCUGUGAAGUCGUCGGGCCCAUUGAGGCCAUGGGCCCUGCAGCGGGCCUCCUGGCAUGACGGGGCCCCGCCUCCUGUACCUCCUCACAACCACCAACGGGUCACAGACCUGGGCCUCUAUCUGCCUGUGGGGCCAAAAUCGGAGCUUUACCCGGGGUCCGUGCCCCAGUGGUAUGGGGCUCAGCUACCCGUAAAUUUCUGUAACGGGUCGGGCUACCCUCAAUCAGUGCCCUCAGGACAGUCGCGUCCCACUCAUAUACCUCCUGCGUGCGAGAUCCCUCGACCUUCUUUGAGUGAGGAUGACGAAGUCCUGUACAGGCGACCUAUGACUGCCAAAAGAGACCCUCGUCCUCGGCCCGUGAGUGCCGGCAACGUAGCUUCGUCUCGCUCCCCUGACGAAGAAGUUGGUGCUGGAUACGCAUCCCCUCCCGUACCUCCCCACAAGAGCCCUCUUGACUCCCGAACCUUAGCUUCCUCUCCACGACACGCCGCGGUGAAGAAGUCCAAGAGUAUCCCUCCGAUGACAUCGGCUGUCCCUUUUUCUUCGUAUUCUCCUCGACCGCUGUCUUCUAAAUCCGCCUACCGCGCAUCCAACGCGACGCACAACAACCAAAACAACGCACAAAGCUUAGCUCCCGUGCCUGACCAGCGGGAGGAAGACAGCAGUUCCCCGUCGCCCGAGUACACGCUCCCUGUAUCCUGCUCCUCCGACGCGUCCGACUCUAGUGACACUCCUCCUCCUGUGCCUCAACACAAGGAACCUUUUGCUUCAUUCAUGAAUCCGCCACCUGCUUCAUCAACUGGUCGAUGCCAUCACACGUUGGUUUCGAUGCAUGAUAACAUGGCCCGAGUGACUCCACCGCUGGGCUGGUCCUCAUAUUCUCGACCCGAUGUAGCGCCUGUACUUCCCAAACACGGCCCCUCCGUGCCUCCUCCUGUUCCUCCACAUCACGCGACUUGCCUUUCCCCUCAUUUACAGAAGAGUUCCCCUCUAAGACCUCCUCCUCAUAAGACGAUGCUUCUGCCCAGUCGAACUGAUGCUGAGAAGCCGCCAGUUCCCGCUCACAACACAUGCCUCGCGUCUAAAGGGAAGAGACCAGAAUUCACUGAAAAGAGACCUGCCGUGCCACCCCAUGGCAAUACUGAUGUUACAGCCAAGAAAAAUAUUUCACCCGUUGUACCACGCCAUCAUUGUUUAUCUUCCUCGAUUUCUGAUUUGCCUCCUCCUCCACCUCCUCAUUCUGCCCCAUUCCCUCUCACGCAUUCCCACUCGUGUCCUUCAGGGCCAUUGCCUGCGUCCCCGGAUUUCCCUACCUCUGGUCUCGUGUCCGAGACCCCUUUGUCAUAUCCUAGCGGUCCGUUACCUCGUUCUCCUGAUUCCUCUUUUGAGGAGUCGUCACCAACUGCCUCUCUUCCUCCACUACCUCCCGAGCCGUGCAUCUCAAGUCCUGGGCGCGAUAGCCCUGAGUCGGUUGAAUGUCCUGAUCGAUCGCUGCCAGCUUCGCCGAUCUCGCACAAUGAACCGAAUGGUCUAUUACCUGUGCCGAUGCCGCGAAAUAUUGGGAUCUUUUCAAAUCGAAUGAAUAAUGUGGAGUCAGAUUCUAGUUUGCAAUCAGUGGAUACCAGCGAAAGUAGUCAGAGUGUGUCACAGAACGCGUUACUUCCCAUUAAACCUGCCGUGCGACGAUCUCACUGUCGUCAGAGUUCGCUGCCGCCCCCUCCUCUUUACCAAAAUAUGUACCAGCCCGUGGAAUUUCAAUCAAACGGAGAUCAACCAAUUGCAUAUCAACGACUCGAUGAGUGGUCGUCCGUCGAGCGACUGAGUCUCUCAAAUCCCAACAUCGGAGGCUCUUCGUCGAACCCUACCAGCGACGCUGACGUGUCAUUGGAUUCGUUGGGUUCCUCCACUAGUGGUUCACGCAACAGCUCUCGUCUGAGUUCCCAAAGCUCACGCCACAGUCCCUGGCUGAUCCCGUCUCCUGAAGAUGAGCUUCAAGGACUCGUUCCUAUUUGCCAGCGUUUACUCGAUUCUCCCCUCCAUGAAAGUUGCGGAGCUGUUUUUUCGUCUGCUGAUGCCACUCCAUCGUCUGAAGCGUCCUCUUCCAACGCUCUGGGUGCUUGCGACAACAAUAAAUCGAUUGCCUGCUCACAAGAUAGCGAUAAAACUGAAGUUCAAGCCACAAGCUUUUGCAGAAACAAAAUUUCUGGAACUCCUGCUUCUAUGACGAGCUCAUCUCUGAAUUCCAUUGAUGGCCUGAAAUCGACCCAUGGAUUCGAGGAAAUACGACAUCAGAACGGCGAUAUCGAGCUGCUGCAGAUCAUAGAAGAACCCGAAUCAUUUGAUGACGGAGAUGAAUGUUCUCUAGAUUAUUAUGAACUGCCUUUCUGUCCUGAUGACUCUAGUUCCAUUCAUUUCAUCGACUCGACCUCUUGCUCCAUGGUGUCAUCCGCGAUUGAAGGAGAAAAAGAAACAGAUUCGGAAUUUAUCGAUGGUCGAAUUCCAACUUCGUUGCCGUUCACUCAAGGAAUCGAUGACAUGAAUUUCGAUUUUUCUUACUUGAUUCCUCCUCAAGCGUAUCCUGAAGAUGACUUGAGUAUAUCAGAGUCUCCUCCUCCUCCAGAAGAAAUCGCAGAGGAGACGCCAGAAGCGGAAACUUUCCCCUUCUUCCCCACAGUGACUACGACUUGGUUUUCUUUCAGCAGCCCGGACGAUGAUCCCGAGUCAUCUAAUUACCCGCCACACCGUGACGAUGUUACGGACUUGUCAUGGUGCUACUCAGAGCCCAGAUCUUCCCUUGGCGGUUCGUCGCCAGUUUCUUCGUCGUUUUUAGAGUCGGGCAAAAGAUCGACAGGCUCCUCACCGUCGCCUGGUUAUCAAAGCCACCUGUUGUCGCUGUCAAACUGCCUGCGUUCGUCAACAGUGCACCCUAUGCCUCCGCCUCCGACGCCUGCCACUCGAGAUGCAUUAGCUCACCCUGAACCUCCUACGUCACUCAACCUCAGUAGACCUCGCUCUUCAUGCUUCGAACGGCCCUCGCCAUCAACUUCUUUGGAUUUUAUAAGCAAAUUAGCGCGGCCUCGAUCCUUAUUUUCCGCGCUCCAGAGCCCCUCCUUCACGCCAAGUCCCAACGCCCAAACCCCGGAACAACUGUCGACUUUCGUACAUGCAGUGGCGACCAGCGUGGGAAGCCUCCGCUGCAUCCGUCUCCUCAUCGCCUACCUUCAUCUUUCUCCUCUUCAUUCCUCGUCAUUCUUCCUCUGCAUCAAUCUUCAUCCUUCGUCAUCCGUUUCCUCGUCGCGUAUCUUCAUCUUUCUUCUCAACGCCCCUCUUCAUCCUCCUCCUCAUAUUCACUCUUCAUCAAUCUUCUCAGCUUCCCUCUAA